AUGAACGGUCGCCCCCCCAAGAGACAACGCCGAUCCGUUCAUCCAGAAAGCGACUCCCAGGAGGAUCAGAAACGCCGAGCAAGCUAUCUCGGUCCCUCGGACUCGAAGCCCGUCGCGUUCUCAUUGUGCUCCAAGACCAAACCGUCUCGAGCCGCCACUUCCUCCCCCUCGCCGAAGAAAUCUGAAACGCCCCCUAAACCGAUCAAAUCCAAGUCUCUUCAUAGCUUUUUCCGGCCUGCAACAGAACGCCAGCGAUGGUCUUCGCAGAAUUUCGAAUCAAAACGACCGCUGGCCCCGGUCUCCGAAGCCUCCCUCGAUGACGAUGUAAUUGAAGAUGACUAUGACUCCUACGAUGAAAUCUUUACGCAACACCUGGCAGGCGUGUCGAAGGCCGAAAAACAGACGGAAGGGAUUGGCUCACCGACCUCUCAUGCCUCCGACGAAGCGUGGGGAGCCGCGUCCAAAAAGACACUCGCUGCACGACCCAAGCGCCAAAGCUCGAAACGAUUUUUGAUGCCAUUCGAUGCCAGCGGAGAUACCACUCAACAGUCAUCUACCCUUCCAUCACUACCGGCUGCCCUUCCUUCUCCAUUCGAGGGGUGUCACCUUCCAUGGGCGCAGCGUUUCGCUCCGUCUACUCUCGAUGAAAUCGCGGUACACAAGAAGAAGGUGUCUGAUGUGCAGAGUUGGCUGGAGGAGGCGUUUUCAGGAAGACGGAGAGAGAGACUAUUAGUUCUUCGAGGUCCUGCAGGCUGCGGCAAAACAACAACGAUUGAACUGCUUUCCAAGUCCGUCGGAUUUGACCUCAUCGAAUGGCGUAAUCCGUCAGUCACCGAGUUUAACGCUCCUGACUACGUGUCCGUGGGUGCCCAGUUUGAGGAAUUUCUCGGACGCGUUGAUUUAUUUGGAGGUCUUGACCUGGAAAAUGAUGGCCGUACGAAGAAGACCCAGGAUCCAAAUCCUAAUAAUCGCCGCGUUCUCCUUGUUGAAGAAUUUCCUACUGUCCUAACGCGAAACUCCUCAAGUCUCUCGGCGUUUAGAUCCUCUCUACAACGCUACCUGGCGACUGCAUCGGACGCCACCGGCGGGUGGAUGCAUCCGCCAAUUGUUAUGGUUGUAUCGGAGACAUUGCUGAGCUCUGCUUCAUCAAUUUCAGAUAACUUGACCGUCCAUCGCUUGCUAGGGCCAACAUUGUACAAUCACCCCGGUACCGCAAUCAUUGACUUCAACAGUAUUGCCCCGACUUUCAUGCGAAAAGCAUUACGAGCAGUUCUCGAAAAAGAGGCGCGGGUUUCUCGGCGAGUUCGCAUCCCUGGGCCCGCACUUCUGGACCGAAUUGCGGAGGUUGGAGACAUUCGCAGUGCCGUGUCUUCACUAGAGUUUCUUUGUGUACAAGGUGACCAAACCGGAAAAUGGGGUGGUACUCUGGCUAGGAUUAAAAGGUCCCGCGGCGACACGGUCUUGACCCCGAUGGAGCAGGAGGCCCUAGAGAUCAUUUCACACCGCGAGGCAAGCCUCGGGAUGUUCCACGCUGUGGGCAAGAUUGUCUAUAACAAACGCCAGGACUCAAGUUUGAUUUCUUGCGAAACUUCCAUUCCACCCGCACCUCCGAGCCAUUUAGCCCAUCAUAGUCGACCGAAGGUCUCGCAAGUGGCCGUCAAUGAACUGCUGGAUGAGACUGGCACUGAUAUCCCGACCUUCAUCUGUGCUCUUCAUGAGAAUUAUCCGCCGUCCUGCGAUGGAAUCCUAUUUACCGACCAUCUAAACGCUUGCAUUGAGAGGCUUUCGGACAGCGACCUCCUUAGUGCCGAUCGGAAACCGAGCCGGGGUGCGCGGGCGGGCAUUGGGGUCGGCAACACAUUUGCUUUCAGCGCCGGCGUGGACGUACUGCGCCAGGAGGAAAUCAGUUUUCAGGUGGCCGCGCGUGGUCUUCUGUUUGCCCUGCCCUACCCCGUGAAACGACAACUAGUUUUGGGCAAUAGGCGCAGUCGGGCUGGGGAUACGCACAAGAUGCUCUUUCCAGCUUUAUUACGAUUGUGGCGAAAAACGGAGGAGAUUGAGGGACUUGUGGACUCCUGGAUGAAACGUGGUCUGGACCCUUUGAGUAGCUCACAUAUCCCUCGACACGGUAUGGAUACCUCUGCCAGGAACACUGGCGUCAAGUCAUGGAGGAAUACCUUUCAAGUGGGUCCUCCAUCAUCAGGGGAAGCAGACCAACCCCUCGGAACGGGUGUGACCAUGAUGUCGCGCCAUGAUGCUCUGCUCUACCAGCUUCCGUAUAUGGCCCAGAUUGGUCACAACGAUCCAGAGAAUUGGCAAUUAAAUCAAAUCACCAGCAUCCGCGGCGGUCAUCUCGAUCCUGAUGCCGAGGAGGAUGAGUUACUCCCCUCACAACCCGAACCCAAGCCUACCAGUAACGGGAUGGCGUUCUCUGCAUCUCAAUUUGAGGAAAAACUGAUCCUCAGUGACGAUGAUAUUGUGGAUGAUUGA